AUGGGUGCAUCAGGCUUAGGUUCUGCUUUAGCAAAUUGCAUUAAUCUCUCAAAUUUGACACUUGAUCUUCAGCUCAUCAUUUUAUUUUCAACUUUUGCUUUUAUUAUUUAUUUCUUAUUAUUUCAUAUUUUUUCUUCAUUUUUUCCUUCUAAUUAACUAUUUAAUGAUAUAUUUUUUCUUCAAUAUUUAAAAAGUAACAAUUAAAUUGGUGAUGAAGGUGCAUCAGGCUUAGGUUCUGCUUUAGCAAAUUGCAUUAAUCUCUCAAAUUUGACACUCUAACUUUAUGAAAAUUAAAUUGGUGAUGAAGGUGCAUCAGACUUAGGUUCUGCUUUAGCAAAUUGCAUUAAUCUCUCAAAUUUGACACUUAAUCUUAGUUACAAUUAAAUUGGUGAUGAAGGUGCAUCAGGCUUAGGUUCUGCGUUAGCAAAUUGCAUUAAUCUCUCAAAUUUGACACUUAAUCUUCGUUACAAUUAAAUUGGUGAUGAAGGUGCAUCAGGCUUAGGUUCUGCGUUAGCAAAUUGCAUUAAUCUCUCAAAUUUGACACUUAAUCUUCGGGAUAAAAAAAUUGGUGAUGAAGGUGCAUCAGGCUUAGGUUCUGCUUUAGCAAAUUGCAUUAAUCUCUCAAAUUUGACACUUGAUCUUAGAUUAAUAUAAAACAAAAAAGCUCUAUGA